GUUUAUAAAUCCAGUACUGCGUUGGUAGAACACUUGACGGCCAGUUAGCAAGCGGAUAAGCUAGUGGUGUUCAUCGGAGUAGUGCUGGAUAAUUUAUACUCGUUUUCCGCCGUGUUGAUGCUAGAAGACUGUUCGCACUUCUUUUUAAAAAUUAUUAUCUGAGAAAUUAUUACAAGAGGAACGUUAAUGGACUCCCAGAGGGCUCGGAUACAAAAAUAUUUGUCGUUUCUUGUAAUAACCGAUACAUGGGCAGCGCGGCUCGAGGCUCUUCUGAAAUCUUUCGGUGCUAAAAUCACUUUAUCGGUCGGUUCUUUUGGCGGUGAAACCUAAAUAGUAGUGUCCCUUACAACGGAGGCGAAGUGGCGAGGGAAUGGUUUGAGACAGGGCCUACGUCUUUGAAUGUUGUGCUCACGGAUUGUAUUUUGGUCUCGAGUUAACUUUUCCCGUUGGCUUUAUGUAUAUAAUAUAUACAUUCCGAUUCAGUACCUCAUUCUGACACGUAAAAACUUUUUUUUUUUUUAAAGCGACGUUAACGGUUGUCACCCGUUUUCUGACAAGUCCCUCCUCCUCGCUUGGGCUGGUUUGCGGUCAUUACGUAGGAUUGGCUCGUAGAGUUUCAUCUCGUUUCUUUUCAGCCAAUCGUAGCGCAGGAAGACUUGUUUACCAAAAUACGGGUAGGAAAUACUUUUAACUGUUACGCGCUUGGUUGUUUUCACGCAUGCGUAUUUGGUGUCUACAAGUACGGUAGUCACCUUUUAGUACAAAGUCCAGCUAAAUUAUUGAAGCACACUAUGGGAUAUGUAUAUUUUUGCUUUGGUCAACCAUAAUUGUGUUUUAUGAUAUCAGGAGUAUUUUACUUCCAUUUUUUAAAAAAUUGGUUUAAAAAUGAAUACUGCUUUAGUAGUUCUGUCCCACCGAUUUCCUCACUGCGCUUACUGGUUCCACCUCUCCGGCUAAUGUCUGCCUUUAUGUGGAAAAUUGCCCAACAGCAACAUCUGGAGCAUUAUGGAAAGCUAGAAGAAUUUGUCUCCUUAGUUACAAGGCUUGUCCCAGAGGUCUUGACAAGCAGACAGAAGGCCACUCUGGUAAUGGGGCUCAGAGCAAAGAUGAUUCUUGAGAUGUGCCGAGGUGAACUGCCAGCUGACCUUGAGACAGUGAAGUCACAUAUACAGAGGAUUCAGUCCUCUCAUUCAUCAAAGGGAAUUGAUACAGAGGCAGAUAUCUUGCAGGCAAACCUUCUAACACUUGUGCUGGGACUGCUGGAGGAUCCUGCCAAAAAGGAAUACUUCUUUCAGGAGGUGUUCCCACAUGAGUAUGGUCCAGAAUUUGACCAAGCACUGCAAGUUCUGGUUGGCCAUUUUCUCUCGAGACUGGAGCAGCUGCUGCCAAUACCCAGCUUUAAACAGACUUCGUCGUGGCUCAGUGCCUGCCCCUGGGAGUGGAACGAGUACCUGGAGUCUGUUUGCAGAACGGAGAGUUUAUUACCUUUGAUGCAAAUUGGUAUUUGCGGGACUUUGGAGGAUAAUGCUCUCCCAUCGAUUGUGGAAGACAGAAUCCUCUCCUCUUUGUCCCUAACUGAUAUGGUGAUAACCACACAAACGCAGCCCCUCUCCCAAGGACCGGAGGAUGGGGAGAGUGCACCAGAUGAUGGUAUCCAGGAUGAAGACAUCAGUUCAGGCCUUGAUGGAACUGUAGCUGCAGAAUACGUAAGAGCCAGCGAUAGUGCAAUGGAGGAAGAUUCAGAGAGACAGACCUUUGAGAGAGAGAUCAAGGAGGCUAUUAAACAUUUGGAAAAGGAGACCGAUAUGCCAGUUGAGGUGGCUGCAACUCUGCAGAGCACAGGGGUUGAUUUGGAGCUGAAAACUACUGAUGAAACAGGAAGUGCCAUAUCUGAAGCAAUACCUGCAGCAGACGAUAUUGCAGCUGAACAGCAAAUGGUGAUUCCCAGAGUUGCACAUACAAAGAUCACUCAACCACUGGAGGUUUUGCAAUCUGCAGCAAACAGAGAGAAUGAUGAGGGGGUCACUGACCAAUGUGAUCCACAGCAGACUGUUGUGGAGGAAGCAGCUCAGGGAGAGGUAACUGCUGAAGUACCAGAGUUGGAGCAAUCUCCCAGCAAUCCAUUGGCAAUCGACUCUCCAAAGAUACCUUUAAAGAGUUCUUACCUACUUGGCAGGCUUUUACACAAGUGUCUGAAGUGUGGAAAGCGUUUUGCAUAUCGCUCAGAGCUCCAUAAACACCAGGAGAGUCACAGACUCGCAGCAUCUGUCAAGUGUUUUGAAUGUGGGCAAAUUUUCAGAGAUUCAAAACUCCUAACUCUGCACCGGCAGAGAGGCUGUCGUAUGAGGACAUACAAAUGCAUCAAGUGCGGGGCAGCCUUCAGGUCUCUCUCGAACUGGUACAAACACCAGCAGGCCCACAAGGUGGUCUGCACACACAAGUGCCCGGAGUGUGGGAAGGUGUUCCGAAGUCUCACAGGCUUAGUGGCUCACAGACGAGAGCACAUGGGUCCUGCAGUAAAUGGUGUUUACACCUGUGACAAAUGCGACAUGACUUUUGGCUCGUAUCGAGGCAGGGUGUUGCACCAGAGGGUCCAUACGGAUAAAACCAAGCAGCCUUCUCGAAAGGAACGUGAACCGGGGAAGUGUCGCUUCUGUGACGAGUCGUUUGUCCUGCUCAGCGAUUUGAGAGUGCACCUGAAAACUCACCCAGAGUACAGACCGCAUCAGUGCGACCAGUGUGGGAAGUGCUUUGCUCUGCACCACAGUCUGCUUGCACAUCUCUCAAACCACACGGGAGAUAAGCCAUACCUCUGCACACAGUGUGGCAAGCGCUUUUUCAGCAAGGUCCAGCUGAAAUCACACAUGAGGUGUCACUCAGGUGAGCGGCCGCACAUGUGCCCUCACUGCGGGAAAUGCUUCUCGCUGCUAGGUAACCUCAAUAUCCAUGUACGAAUCCAUACUGGCGAGAAGCCCUACUUGUGCCGUCAUUGUGGAAAAGGCUUCAUCUCUGCCGGAGAGCUGCAGGUGCACGAGCGCAGUCACACUGGUGAGAAGCCCUACUGCUGCAGCAUUUGUGAUAAAAGAUUCGUUGUGUCAAGCCACCUGACGGCUCAUAAGCGAGUUCACACGGGAGAACGCCCAUAUUCUUGCACUCAGUGUGGCAAGACCUUCAUACGGAGAUACGACUGGAAUAAACACAUGUACACUCACUCGGGGGUGAAACCUUUCCCCUGUACUAUCUGCCAGAAGAGCUACACACGUCGCACACACUUGAACAGACACAUGCAGAGCCAUGGCGCAGGCCAUUAGUAACAUCAAUCUGAAUAACCAGAGUGGAAAUUACUUAAUGUACAGAAGAACAUGCUUUAAAUAAGGACAUUCCAGUGCAAAGUUUCAAAAGCACAUUGCUUAUAUGUUUUGUUUGACCAAAUGCAGAUAUAAUUAACCAAUAAAUGUUGGCCUUCUAGUUUAUCAAA